GAGAGACCAAAACAAUAAAAUCAGACCAAGCCAAUUCACGACGCCCUGUCGUCCCUCCCCCAACAAAGCUACCAUGGAUAGCCGACCUGUGCGGAUCCUUUGCUUGCAUGGAAUUGGCUCAAACAGCGAAGUUUUCGAAGCCCAAACAGCCCGUCUUCGCUAUCUUCUUGGGAAUCAAUAUGAGUUUGACUUUGUUGACGGAGCCUUGCCAUGGCCCGCCUAUCCCAACAUCGCAGAGAUCUUUGGUCAUGAUCAGGUGUACUACUCCUACUGCGAUGAUUCCCCGCAGAGUGUGCGGCUGGCUGUGGCGGCAUUAGCGCAAUAUGCGAGCGAAAAUGGUCCGUUUGAUGCAGUUAUGGGGUUCUCGCUAGGUGCAGCGCUUGCCAUGACUCUUCUUCUCAACUAUCACCGACUUGGUCUUUCGACACCACCUUUCAGCUGCGCCAUUCUCAUUUGCGGUAUCCUACCUUGUGAUUGGACUGUACUGGAGCAGGGCCAGGUGGAGCGCCUUUCCCUCUCCCGAGUCCCAUACCCACUCCAUAUCCCUACUGUGCAUUGCUGGAGUCCCGAAGAUCUUGACUAUCCGGACCAGAGUCAGGAACUCCUCAACAUGUGUACACCAAAUGGGCGAGUAGAGUUGGUGCAUCAAGCAGGUCAUAUGUUUCCCACUGACAGCGAUGGAGUCGAUCAACUUGCCCAGGCUAUCAACACCACCAUACGCAACACAGCCCGUACCCACUUGGCUUAAUCAAAUCUGUCACAUGUUCCCAAGGAUAUCAACUUGAGCCAUAUGGUAAUCGUUGGAACUAGGACGGGGCGGUUUGCAGGGAUUGGGAUUCAGCUGUUUGUUCUCCACCAAAGGCGCUACACAGAUGUUCAUAGGUUAGCUCCAAUGGUCCUGCACUGUUGGCAUAGCCUUACAUAUGCUGUGAAAUAGGAAAAAAAAUAAAACAAAUAAAUUGGGGGUGUCCACGCC